AUGCCAGUCACUUUGAAAACAUCAGACACCGAGCCUGUGCCAUGGGCACGAUCCGAGGCUGCCACAUCCGAGGCACUACUGAGGGGUUCCUGCAAAGAAGAAUGGAUGCGUGGCGGCAAAAUCAUUCGGAGCUCCUUCGAAGAGGCGUUCGAUGACCCACACUCUCACAUCAGCCCGAGUCGACAUGGCUUCGUCUAUGCAGCAUGGGAUUCUUACUCAAACCACCACAGUCUUGUCUUGCGACCAGAAGAUAUUUGGUUCUCGAUUUUGGUCCAGCUCAGCUUCUACAUCAACGGUCAUGCGGAGGAACUGCGAUCGCAUUUCGUCUCCCACAAGGGCACGAAGGAGCUCGAGGUUGAGAGAGAUGGAUCAAUAAAAACCGUCGACAUUGGUGAAAUGGCGAUCGAGAUGACAGAAUUACUUCAAGCAAAUGUACAUCAUCCCGGUCUACGUGAUUGGAUCAUGCCCUCUUUCAGCACCACCACCAAGUCUGACAAGGCUGUUGCUGCGAUUCUCAUGAUGGGAUCAUUGCAGAAGUAUUUUGCCAUGACAAUGGUCCUACGAUGUGGAAUACCCAGUGUCACUUUGCUUGGAGAGCGCGAUGAUUGGGUUCAAAUCCAAACGAAGAUCGAACUGCUACCUUUUUUCUUCCCUCCAGAGGCCAGUAAAGAGCCGACCAAGUUUGCGUCCGCUCUGAGGCCAGUCCUGCAGAACUUCGUGAGUUCUUUUGACAAGCCAAACUCAGAUUAUCUCCGGAAUUUCUGGAACUCUUGCAUCAGCCAAUCCCAAGAAAGUGGCUUGGUCUACCUCACUGGCUGGGUCACCGUCUUUUGCUUCUGGGAUAAUAAAGGGAAAUGUUUGUACAAGACCCAGGACUCUACAUUACACCCGUCUGGUAUGACCUUCCCCAAUAUAUCCACGGGUGACAUUGCCCCUGGAUAUGCAAGUGUUCCUGUUAAGGUCGUCGACCGUAACCAGUAUCUCACGUUCCAUACUUUGAUGGUCGCGGGCUUGGUCGGCAUCGAAGUUGACGGAAACGAUGCAACCUCCAUCCGGCCGUACUCUGGCUGGUGGAUGAUUGAGAACGUGGAGAAGAAGAAGGGAAAGCAUAAAGAAAAAACGUUUGAACAGAAACAGCGCGGAGUGGCCCCUAAAUGGAUGGACAUGGAAUGGAAGUGA